GGGAGCGCCGGAAGCCCGCCCCGCCCCUCAUUGUGCGGCUCCUACUAAACGGAAGGGGCCGGGAGAGGCCGCGUUCAGUCGGAUCUCGGCAGCAGCUGCAGCGGCUCUCGUCUUUUUCGGCCCUCUUUGCUGUCUCCCUUUCGCUUCCAGAAACAUGGCCUCCGGUGUGGCUGUUUCUGAUGGCGUCAUUAAGGUGUUCAAUGAUAUGAAGGUGCGCAAGUCGUCAACACCAGAGGAAGUGAAGAAGCGCAAGAAGGCUGUGCUUUUCUGCCUGAGUGAGGACAAAAAGAACAUCAUCCUGGAAGAGGGCAAGGAGAUCCUGGUAGGUGAUGUGGGCCAUACGGUCGACGACCCCUACACCACCUUUGUCAAGAUGCUGCCAGACAAGGACUGCCGCUAUGCCCUUUAUGAUGCAACCUACGAGACAAAGGAGAGCAAGAAGGAGGACCUGGUGUUUAUUUUCUGGGCCCCUGAGUGUGCACCCCUCAAGAGCAAAAUGAUCUAUGCUAGCUCUAAGGAUGCCAUCAAGAAGAAACUGACAGGGAUCAAGCAUGAAUUACAAGCAAACUGCUACGAGGAGGUCAAGGACCGUUGCACCCUGGCAGAGAAGCUGGGGGGCAGCGCCGUCAUCUCCCUGGAGGGCAAGCCCUUGUGAGCCCCUCCAGCCCCCUGCCUGGAGCAUCCGGCAGCCUCAGACCUGCCCGUGGGGGUUGCAGGCUGCCCCCUUCCUGCCAGACCGGAGGGGCUGGGGGGAUCCCAGCAGGGGGAGGGCAGUCCCUUCACCCCAGUUGCCAAACAGCCCCACCCCCACUCCCUGGACCUUCCUUCUUCCUCCAUCCCUGAUGGUUCUGGCCUCCCCAAACUGCUUUUGAUCUUCUGAUUCCUCUUGGGUUGAAGCAGACCAAGUCUCCCCCCAGGCAUCCCAGUUUGGGAGGGGGACUGUUUUUUUUUUUUUUUAACGAUACCCCUUACUUCCCAUCUGUUCCCCCCCCCCCUUCCCAUGCUGCCAACUUCUAACCACAAUACUGACUCUGUGUUUGUCUGUUUAGUUCUGUGUAUAAAUGGAAUGUUGUGGAGAUGAACCCUCCCUGUGCCCACCAGUCCUUUUCCCCCUUUCCCCUGGUCCUGGCCACUCAGGUGGAAGCAGGACUAGUAAGGAACCCUCAAUUAAAAACAAACAAAAGUCAACAAUAAAAAGCCUCACUAAUGGGA